GGCGGAGCCAGAGACAUUAAACGUGCGGGGUUGUUUUGUCUGUUACAGGACGCGCGUGCACGAGCUCUAAUGUCACAAGGAUAGAAAAUGAGUGAGGAUGUAUAUGAGGUCCCUGAGGGGACGGAGUAUCGUUAUCUAGUGCAGGACGAAGAAGAGGAACAGAUACAAUAUGUCCGUCGCCACUAUGUCAGUCCAUUCUUGGUGGUGUCACGCAAGUGCAUGUUCCUCAUCGGCUGCGGCGUGAUUGCUCUCCUCUCUCUCGCGGGAUACCUGGCUUAUGUGGCUGAGACUCCGCCUCCAGGGGUGGCAGAGGUGGAGACAGAGUGCGGUUGGCUGUGUGGGAGCUGGAAAGGCGGAGCUUACUCUUUCAAAGGCAUCCCGUACGCUGUACCACCGGUGGGUGAGCGUCGCUGGCGACCCCCGGCGGACCUAGAGGAGGCGGGACAGUGUUGGCAGGGCGUUUACGACGCUACUCGAUUCCGUAGCAUCUGUGCGCAGGUGCAGCCCCUCCGAAAAGACGGGCAGGUUAUGGGACACGAGGACUGUCUGCAUCUCAGCGUGUGGACGCCGAGUCUAAAGCCCGCCAAACCCCUGCCCGUCAUGGUUUGGAUCCACGGAGGGUACCUCCAUAUGAUGAGUGGCCAGGAGAGAGGAUACUCGCCCACCGAAGAGCUGGCGGCCCGCACGCAGAUGGUGUACGUUAGUCUUAAUUACAGGCUCAAUGCUUUCGGCUUCAUGGCUCUGGAGGUGCUCAGGGAAGGCUCUCCCACCAACUCCUCAGGGAAUUAUGGCUUCAUGGACCAGAUCCAAGCACUUCAGUGGGUCCAGAGAAAUAUUCAUAACUUCGGUGGUGAUGCUAGAAGGGUUACCAUAUUUGGUCAAAGCUCAGGAGGAACUUCGGUUUGGACUUUGAUGAUGUCUCCACUAGCCAAAGGACUGUUUCAUCGCGCAAUUGACAUGAGCGGCUCGUAUGUGUAUAAUGCUUCCCUGGAGUCAGCAGAAAAAGACAACUUAGAAUUCCUGAGGAGAACUGGCUGCAAGAACGCCAUCUGCCUGAGAGGACUACACAUCGCUCAAGUCCUUCAGGCAAUCCCGUGGCAGCAGUACCCAGCAUGGGCAGCCGAUGAAUUAGCCGAUCUUCCAGUCAAAGGGGUUUUUCUUGGCCCAGUUGCAGUAAUUGACAACUAUGUUCUCAAAGCUCCUCCAUUCGAAACUUGGGAGAAGGGUGGAGACGGAACCUAUAACGAUGUCCCGUUUGUGGUUGGAACAACUGAACAGGAGACUGAUUUUAGUCCGCCGUAUAAAAACAUCUCAACAUGGACUUGGGGAGACUAUCGGUGGAUUGUGACAAACAAACUGACCCCUUUUGGAGAGGCCCUGACCAAUCAGGCGCUCAGGCUGUACAAUAGCUCAGCCCCGUGCCCGACCUCUGACCGGUGCCCAGAGAGGCUCUUCACUACCAUGGUCUCUGACAUGAGGGCCACCUGCCCCAGGAACGACCUGGCUAUGAGAGCUGCAGGAGCCUUAAAGAGCCCAGUGUACCGUUAUCUGGUGACUUACACUCCAUCAAAACAGGCAAACGCCUCCAGCUGGCUUCCCUUCCCCAGUCGCUUUGCCUUUCAUCUUCUAGACAGCCUGGCCUUCUUCAGGGGUCUUGAAAUGGUGCUGGGGACCCUGUCACCGGCUGAUAUCAGCUUCCAGGAAACGAUCACCAAGUAUUUUGUACAUUUUGCCAAAGAAGGUAGGAUGCCAGAGGAGUGGCCAGAGUUCCCCUCACGCGUCGCCCUACUGGACAAGAACAUUUCUUUCGUAACUAGCUACUCUCGCGAGAGGUGUGGCCUGUGGGAGGAGAACGGCUUCUACUCGUACGCCUGGAUCAACUGAGACACCAUCAUCAUCAUCACUGGUUGUAUCGAUCCAUCCACUGCAUUUCCAUCUGACUGUGUGACACCAGCAAAGCUUUAGUGUGUGAUUAUACAGUACUGACACAUUUUAAUAAGACUAAGCAGAGCCUGGAGUGUAUUUUGCGUAGUUGUUUGCACCUACAGGUAAAUAGGUGUGUUUCCAUAGGAAAGGAAAAUCACUGAGAUCUCUUCAGUGUCUCAAUCGUUUCUUCUAGAUAGCAAUGAGAUUAAAUCGAGCUCAAAUGAAGACUCUGAUCUUUCUAAUGGGGAAAGUAUAUAAAGUUAGACACCACAAUAUCUGUUUUUUCCAUGACCAAAUUGUUUGAUCUAUCUUCUGUUCUGUCAUUUUUUCUUUCUAUCUCUCAUUCUUUCAUUUUAUCUGUCAGUCUUCUAUCAUUCGUUUGUUCUGUCUUAUCAGCUGAGCUGUGAAAGAGCAACUUCUGCGUUUAAUUUAACUUUUACAAGCUGAGAAGGGAAUUGAAUUUACUCAGUGAGUCUGAAUGUGCAUUUGAAUGAGUGAAUUCGGAGGCUGUUUUAAGCCAUAAAUCCCCAUUAUUCAGGUUUUUUCUUGUUUGUUUGUUACACUAAUCGGCUCCAUUCAUAUAUUUACCGAAUAUAACCAGUCUGCUGUUUCUAAACCUGUUAUUCUUUGAUUGUGUGACUAAGCAAAUCCAAAGCUUUGACAUGGAUGAGAAGCCAGGGACACAAUGAAGGCCUACAAAGGGAUAAUGCGGCUCUCUGAUCGCCCUCUUUUAAUUUAACUGCUGUGCAAAUAAGACUGAAGGAGGUCUUACGCUUACACUGAUCUUUUGUUUGUAUGUAGAUGCCGUAGAUCCUCGCUAUCGAUGCAAUAACAGAAGGUGACAUUUAUGUGUGUUUUUAUACCUGUGAUGAAAGGGUCUUUUACCACUCCUGAACAGACUUUAGUAUCAAGGCCUUCGGAAUCAGGAACAUCGUAACGCCUGGAGCACUAUCAAACAAAAUCUGAUCCAGGAACAGUUGUGUUUUAUAAGACGGCCCCAUUUCCCUGGCAGGGCUGAAUGAAUGGAGAGGUCAGAGGCCGGUCUGGCCCUGUGCAACAGGAUGAAAGACAUCCGUUGAAUAAGAGCACAUGAAAGCCCUGACCUACAUACAGACUCCUUUUUAACCCUGUAAAGCCUGACAUAUUAAAUAAUAGUGCAAAAUUAUUAUUUUUUUAAUUCGAACAGUUUACUCAAUUUUUAGAAAAAAAUUAAAACAUGUUUUUUUAUAGAGUAUCAUAUUUGAUACAUCAGGCUUUUACGGCUCAUAUAGUAUGACAUGAAAAUAUGGAGCUCAUACUCCGAAAGAAAAAAGUUUUAUUCAGAGGCUCAAACUGAGCAAAAAUAUGCAGCCUGGCGCAGAUAUAAAUCAAAGUGAUCUUUAUAACAGUAUAGCAUGACAUAAAAUAACACUAUAUUGCAUAUGUCUUAGAAAAAUUAUAUUUACAUUCUUAGUUUUAUAAUGAACACUCUAGUUUUUAUUGUGGGGCAAAAUAUAUAAUGCAAUACAAUGUUGAUUGAGAGAUGAAUAAAUAAACAUUCCUCAAAAGCCUGAUGGAUCAUAUUUGAUUAUUAUAUUUGAUGUUUUUCUAAAAAUGACAUACGGAAAAUCAAGUAAAACUAAGCUUCAGUCCAGUAAGUGUUAUUCUUAAAAUACUACUGACAGUAUAGAAGUUCUUCUUACAUUGCUUCAAUGACAAAAAAAAAAAAAAAAAAGUGUACAAAUUUCACAGUAAAAAGACGUGAAUCACAACCUGAAAGUAGACAUUUUUAUUAUACUAAAAGGGCUUUUACUUGCUAAAAAAAGUAUAAACUAUUAAUCAGACAACAGAAGGUGUGUAGUAGAUUGUGUACAAUAGGUUUUUCCUCAAAGUUUUGGUCACGUCGAUAAUUUAGAGGCAAAUAUGACACUGUAGACUUUACAGGGUUAAUGUCAGCCAGGCCAAUAUUCUACUGGUUUCAUUUUUUAUUAGGGUUAAAGGGUCAAUACUUAUGUGCAUUAAUUAUUCCAUUCACAAUCUUGUUUGUUUUGCACUUUAUCUGUAAUCCUUCUGUCAUAAAAUGAUUGUAUUGAAUCAAAGUCUUAAACAGCUGUUGUGGGGAUUUCAAUCUUUAUUCACACAAAUCUCAAUAGAUUCUUCUCAACAGGCUACAAUAAAUAGCUUUUAUUCCA